GACACAACGCUUAUGUUGCGUGCAAUAUCUUGGAAUCUGCUUCGAUAUAAGUCGGAUGGAGAGUUUUUUAGGUAAAAAGAGAAUAAAAUAGCAGGGAGACGGAAAUGGUUUUAAGUCGAAUAAAGGGCCGCGGAAUCAUAAGCAAUAGCAAGAUAGAAGCUUUCCAAAUCCACACAUAUAUAAGCUCUACUAAAUCUAGAUAACUAGAAUUCCAAGAGACCAGAAAUCCUGCCCGGAGAUGGCCGAAAGAGAGCUUCGGAGGGGCUAUGCUGCUUACUGUAACUGUCAAUUGUAUUCCCUUCCCCUUGCCGGAGCAGGACACACAUAAAAAAUAGAGAUAGCAAAAAAAGCAGAAAGAACAUAAGAAAGAGAAAAACAGAACUAGACUAGCAUCGAUGAUUUCUCCCAUUCUAUCAUGGAGUAGCCAGAACAGUCUAUUCAUUUCUUCUUUUUCCCCUGCUCUAGAGGAAGGAUCAAUAGCUGAAGAUAUCCCACGAGCAGAACAAUUAACACGAGCAGUCUCCAAGACAUGUCGAGUCUUUCUUUUUCUUCCUCAGCACAUGAAUAGGACUUAGGAAAGAAGAAAAUCAUUAGUCAGAUGCGGAGAUUAGGUUGUUUUCCUCUAGGCCAAUUAGACUGAAGGGGAGUAAGGCAUUAUACUCUUUCGAAAUUUCUUAUAGAAAGAGAAAGGAUUCGUCUUGUAAUUGUAAGAGCAGGUUUAAGCUUACUUAUCUUACUAUAGUAGGUAAGCGCUAAGAAGCUCCAAUCAUGCUACUUCGGAUAUAUAUGCUUAACACAUGCAAGUCGGACUAUGUUUUCGAUCAGCCCAUGCAGGUAAUCACCAAUCCCGAAAGCGAUCGAAGCCUUUGCGACGGUAACAUGAAAUCUCAUAAGAGAAGGAAGGUCCACAGAACAGAAGGUUGAAAAGUAGUACGCCCGGUUCACCAGGUUCUACCACUGCAGGGCCCAAUCAUAGUCAAAAGAAGAAUUUUGGCUCAGAAGGAACGCUAGAUAUAUGCUUAACACAUGCAAGUCGUAUGACAGAGCCCUACCGCACCGGAGGUUGCCCGCCCGGAUGAUGCAUGUGAUGUCAAAGAGGGGUUUUUUAACAAUGACCACUACGAACGAAGGACCAACGACGGUGAAGGAAAAGAAGGAUUAGGAGUAGGAGCUAAUUCGGACGGAAUCGAAUGAUUUCGAGAUCGAGAAUGAGACAAAGGAGAGCACUUAGACAAUUCACUUUGAGUACAGGGAAGUCUGCUGGUAGGAAUUCUUCAGGGCGUAUUACGGUUUUUCACCGAGGGGGUGGAUCGAAGCGAUUGCAGCGAAGAAUUGAUCUGAAACGAAGCACUUCGUCUAUGGGCAUUGUAGAAAGGAUAGAAUAUGACCCUAAUCGUUCUUCUCGGAUCGCUCCAGUACGAUGGAUUGAGGGGGUCAGCCUGAGGAAAUUGAACACGAUAGAGGAGUUCGCUCCGCCGCCUAAGAUCCUCGAACCUACCACGACCACCAUCCGCGGCCUAUUUUCGUUCUCUUCCCUGCCCGGAAAGGAUGAUAAAAUAAAGGUAGCUUGCUUCUCUCCUGGACUGAUGGCGGCUUAUGUAGUGGUCGGCCUUCCUACCAGAAUGUCUCCUUGGUCGAAGAGCCCCUUUACUAGUAAGGGCGCAGGAAGCAAAAAAACUUGCGCGAAGGACGUUUUAUUUUCUGCCUUCUCCUCUCCAAAGGCCAAGGGAGAGACUGCAUCCCUUUCCUUCGGUAGCUCUUUUUGUUUCCCAAGGAUAGCGGUAGCUGGGGCAAAGCCCGCUUUCUUCGCUCCGCGAAUGAGAGAGGAUAAACUCAGAGGAAAAAACACGUUCUCUCUUUGCGAGGUCCGAAAGUGGAGAACGCAUAGCAUUCUCUGGGCACAUAGGAUCAAACGUAAAGCAGCGCUUUCUUGGCAGAGUUUUAGGCGGCAAGAUACUUUAGGGCUUGUUGGAGCUGCUGAGCAUAACGAAUCGAAGCCGAAGACGGAUCAAGGUAGCUUGCCUGCCAAGCCGAUAGGCGACGGGACGAAGGAUGGAGCGUGCAAAGUCGAUCUCACACGGGAAGAGAGGUCAAAUCAAGGCAAAGCCAUACGCCCGUUUGGCUCCUCGCGGAGUAUAGCUCACAUCCAACAUCUGAUUGGGGAACGGGGCAACGCCCAUGAAGCUCCGGCGGAAAGGGAAGGCCUGCCAGGCCGUAUGCCCAUGGGUGCAGGAUUCUUCGAAAAAGCGCGGGCUGACUCGGAGACCUGGGACCUUGGCUUAGCAAGGGAUGAAGAAAGCUAUUACAGCUUUCUCCGUCAGCGGCUUAUGUAGUGGUCGGCCUUCUAUAAGCGACUUGUCGAGUCUAAGAAGCUUUGCUUCUUGUAGUCGGCCCGUAAUGAAUGCCUCCCUUCAUUUGCUUGCCUCCUUCCAGCUCAGAAUGCCUAAUGCCUAUUAUCUAGUGCUAGAAGCUAACCGCCAGAAGCUCACCCUUCGGGUGUCGCUUCCAGCGCAGGAGGCCAAGCAUUCUGCCAGAUGUCCCGGCCUGGGAGCCCCCUUCGCCUUGACUUUAGUCUUGAGUCGUACUUAAGUAGCUAAGUUUCCAAAGGUGAACAGCCCCUGUCCUUUAUAGUCGUAAAGGGCGUCUCAGAAAAGUAAGGAAGGAGGCAUUCGAAAGGCCGACUACUAUAUAAUAGGCCUUUCUGGUGGGAAGGCCGACGACUACACGGACUCUAUACCAAGUCAUGAGCGAUAGCGAAGCCAAGCCUUCGCCUAUAGGCGAAGGGACGGACGAAAGCCCGACGAAGGCCUAUGAUAUAAAAGUAAGAAAGUAGGUUAAGGUUACGAAGUCACUUAGCCGUCUACUAAGGGAAAGGCGUCGGUACGGAGUCACGUCAGCUGUGGAUAUAGACUAGGCUAUAAGGAACGGAGUCUGAAACUAUGGACCGAGACUACACUAAGGAACAAGGAAGCUUGACUGAGCAAAGAAGUCAAGGAACGAAGCUGCUUCUAUAAUAGCCCCGUUGAAUAGGAGGGCGAAGGCUUUUUGAAAAAGUCUUUUUUGUCUUGUAAAUGAAAUGCAUUUUUUUUUCGAAUUUCUAUUUAGAGAGAGGGGGCUUCAAGUUCUUAGGAAGAGCCGUACGAGGCAGCUCACGUACGGUUCGGGAGCCGAGCCCCAGCACAGGGGCUUAGGUCAACACUUAUAUAAUAGCCAGUCAUCAAUUGGAAACGGGCAAGAUGGUGAUGAAUUGCAAUUGGUCCAAACCUUCGACCAGCGACUGAUUGCGACCUGCCCAGAAUGCCCAUACAUACUAAGACCUUAUUUACACAGCGAAGAAAGGCCGAGUGGAAGGGGGCAGUCAGCUGGUUUCUCGUUCUCGUCUCUUAUCUAAACUUGAACCCGUAGUGAAAGAUCCAUUUCUUUUGCGCUUGAUCUCGUCCUUUCUUGAGCUUCCUAUCAUAGGCACGCCAGUAAAGGAUUGGUAGGAAAAAAGAGGGCGUCCACCGGUCAAUUUCAUAACGCCCGUCUUAUUCCAUUUUUAUUUGGGCGAGUUGGAUGGGGCUUUUGAGACCAGCUUUCCACACUUCCCUUACGCUAGGUAUGAUUCGGAAGUCUAUAUUCCUAUAAUUAAAAGAAUUUCGUUUCGAAGGGCCGAAGGCGGCUUUGCUCAUGAGUUAAGGAAUCUUUUGUUCAAAAAUUGUUGGAUUUAGUGGCGGAGUUGGGUCUAACGUGUACCGUAAUAGGCGUAGAACCUGGUGGUCCCACAAUUGACUGCCCCGGGGGUAUGCUUUUCCUAACAAAGGAGGGUUAGAUUCAGGUGAUUGAAGAUGAGAAUCGUUAUUAAACAUCUAUUUUCUUUGUUUUUGGUAAUUAAGGGGUCACGCGUGACUCGUUUUUGCAGAGAAAGAAGACUGGAGGGGCUCCCGGUCGAUAUGUAGGUUUCAAGGGCUGGAACUGAGGUAAUGGGAGUUUGUGGAGUUGGGCGGGAAACUCCCCAGGGCCCUUUUUUAUAAGAGUAAGGGAAUAGUUCAACCAUGAGCUGCGGCGCUUAAACUUAAAGAAGUGUACUUACUUUUCAUCGCGCCGAAUGAAAAAGAAAUCUUCCCACUUUGCUGCAAGGAAAAACCUUGUCACCCCCUUUUUCGAUCAGAAGGCAACUACUUCCUCCUAUCUGAUCUCCCAUUGUUGAAGUUGUACCGCCCAAGCUGCUUUGAUCUAAGUAAGGAUACGAAAGCGUUGGCGGUGCAGCUUUACAAAUUAAUCCUAAUAUGCGAAACACAUGAUUGUAAUAGAGAGCUUCUUAAGGUCAAUGAAAGCUAAACCUCAUUCUAGUGACCAAAGGCCCGAUCGUCUUGUUAUUUCUUCUAUUUUGGUAGAGACUUUGGUAAAUGGAAAGACCAAAAAAUGUUACCCGCCUCAGGGAAUUCAAUUUCCUCAGCCUCGGGUCCCAAGGACUUUGUUCGAACAGCAGGCGGAAUUGGAGGAGCAUCUUAUGAAGAACCCGCUUACUCGGGGCAAGGGCGUAAAAUCCAUCAAGAUCGUCAAAGCUCUACUUGGCGUUUCAGACAUCGUUGCUCAUCUACGGCCCUCUCGACCCCGCUUCUUGUGCUCACCUGACAGAAGUUUUCCCUCAUGGGGUUUGGGUCAUCUUCUCUCCGAACGAUAUCCUAGAUGGAAUAUUAAAUAUCGUUUUUCGGGCUUGCGGUUGUCUGAAAAUAUUAAAAAAAAAGGUUUGCUCCCAUUGUCCGAGAUUCUGGCAAUACUCUUAUCCUGCCUAUGUGUUGGCUGUUAUGUUUUUUUGGGUUCGCUUAUCUACCCUAAUGAAGUUUCGCUUUCGGAUUUGCUUAAUAAAGCAAUAGGUGUUAUUACCCGAGCCAUAGAUACUCUUUCGGGUAGUCAGUUGGUUGAUGGAUCUCUAAACACUGCUACUGAUGGUAAUGCCCGUGAUCCUGUAAUUUCUCGUCAAAUUGCAGAGCCCUCCGCAGUACGGGAUUCCUUGCCGUCCGGGCUUCCUUCAUACAAGCUCAGGGUGCGGCCCUCUUAAAUAAAUUGGUAUAGUCAUUCUUGCCUUUUCUCUAACUUGUAGUGCUUCCGGAGUUGAUUUUUCAUUAGUUCAGUUUGAGUUUGAAUCUAUAGGAACUCAUAGAGAUAAAGAACCUAACAGAAGCAUCUUUCAUAAAGAAAGGUUGAGGGUAGAUAGGCUGAUUUCCUAUAGAAAGAACUCAAACUGAACUAACCAAGAUUGAGGUAGACUCCGUGCUGCGAAACGGAUUCCGCGAGCGCGAGACUUAUUAUUAUAGAAGCAACGAAAACGGCCAGUGCUUUUAUUUUAGCAUUCUCACUAGUUUUAUUUAUUUCCAGCGGGUCGAAAGCACUUUCCUCAAAUAUUUUCCUGGACACGUUGUUUUGUUUAAAGGUUCCCCGCAUUCGCACGGGCUGCUGACAUGAUGAUAGCUACAAAGUCUGUCUAAAAAGGUGUCUUUGACGACUUGAAAGGUGCUCUCAGUGUACCGCCAUACGCACCCAGACAUUAGACCAAUUGUGUCUGGCCCAACAGUUUCCAGAAUGCCGUUGUCAUGAUGUUGAUCCGGCUUCUGCGACUAAGGCAUCCGCCUAGCUCCGAAUACGCGCAUUGGAGCUCUUCGCUCGAUGUCCCGGGUCGCUAUGUUGUAAACCGCUGUUUCGUCGGGCGGUGGCUUAUUUCUUUCUAACACCCCCUUACUAGAUCAAACAAAUAAAGCUCCAUUGAAUGAAUCAACUUCUCCCUCCCUGGUCAAUGUUUCGGGGAAAAGCCUAUCUCAGUGAUGUUCAAAAACGGGAAAAAGCGUAAUGAGAAAACUCGCGUUAGCUCGUUUUGAACCACCUUCUACUUUUGAACCAGUUCUCGACCGCCCGAAUUUGUCCAGCUGACCAGCAUGGAGCUUUUCGGGAAAGAGAGAAGAAAGGGGAUCGAUUAUAGAAGGGGAUCCCCUAGCUUAGAAUUGAUUCCUCUCCUUUGACUUUUGACAUAGGUACUCCCACUUCAGGUGGACGAGCAACCUUAAGCACAGAAUCGGACGUUGGUGCUAUCGUAUAGAAGAGAAGGGCUGCAUUGGAUGAACUCCAGCUCUCGGCGACCGACAAAAAGCCUUUUGCACCUAGCAAGGAAAGAAAGUCGCAGAAGGGGCGUAGCGGGCAAUUCAAUUGAAGAAGAAAGAGAGAUUUUAUGAUAAAGAAAAGGAGCUCUUGUCGGCAUAGGCUGGUAGUCUGUGUCCUUCUCAGCGAGAUUGAGUAGGAUUCCCUGUCUUUCCUUUCUUUCACGAAUUAUGUGUUAUAUAGAAAUAGGAAUAAAAGGCGUAGCUCUCUUUCUGCUGUUAGCAGGAUUCGUUACUAUAUUCAGCUGUUUCAUAAUUUCUACUAUAAGAGAAGAGUGAAGACCGGGAAAUCCCUUUUUUUAUAGAGAAGGAAAGUUCCCUAUCUCCGAAUACCGGGCACUAAGACGAGUACUGAGAUCUGUCUUUCGGCAAUAAGGAAUAGUGAUCGCGCUCUUGGUGCCUUAAAAGGACAUUAGGAAAAGGCCUAACCGCUGCAAUUGAUAGAGUGGGAGUAGGAGCUAGUUUUGGUAUUUCCCACGGAGGGCGGCUACUCUACUAUAAGAGAGGAGCUCAUACGAUCUCACACCCGGCAGAAAGGGAAUUGAAUUAGGAACAAUGCCCAGUGCCAGAAAGGCUUUUUGAGUUUGAGUGAACACCCGGUUAAUAAAAUAGAUUGAGGGGCCAGCCAAGUCAGUAGACUGGACUUCUGCUCCUAUGUCGAUGUUUUCGGAGCAAGACCUUCGAGCCACCUUUCUUAUCUUAGGUCUUAGGUAGAACCUUCCCAUUAGAUAGCCAAGAAGAAGAAUAGCUUUUCUCUAUACUUUCAGCAACUAAACGAAAGGGUUUAUGCUUUGGCUGAACGCCUAUGCUAUGCCAGCUAUGGAAGAUGAAUGAUGACUUUAUCUUAAUGGAACUCCAACAAUCUAGUUUGAAGGCUGGUAUAACUUACACAUACCAGACUACCGACAGAUCUGGGUGGGGCCCUUGGAGAAUAGAGCAGCAUUUGCUUUUAUUCCCCUUUAAAAAAGAAAGUUAAAUGGAGACAACAUUGAUCUCUAUAGACGGUUUUUCUUUCCAGGGCCCUGGUUUGGAUUCGCCUUCCCGGUCUUCCUUUUGAAUAAUGGGAGCAAGAUUGAAUUGAAUCUUUUCAAGAUUUUCCAUUCUAACAAAAGAAAGAUAAAGGGAGACCAAUCUAUGAUUUAUGAUUAGUUAAGCUGGAAGCGCUUGGAAUAGGAAGGCCUACCUAAAAUCUUGUUGUUUUGUUGUGGUAAGGUAAGAUAGGCCAUGAGCUGUAGGACUGCACUGAGAUGCCAGGAUAGAUAGUUAAAAACUAAUAACUUAUUGGGGUUAGCAUGAAAAGAGCCUUUGAAAAAGAGAAACUGGCCCCCCCUUACUCCAUAGGAGACUCGAAAACUAUCCUUGUGAAUUGAACUGGUAGAAUAACUGAGAAGGGUGCUUGCUAGGAAUAAAUAAAAUAGAAAAAAGUGACUGUUCUGAUGUUAAGGAAUAAAUAUAAAUUCCUCUUAAGAGAGAGAGAUUAUGUACAAGAUUUUGACCGUCAAGUCAAAUCCUUAAGGAUAAGGAUAGGAAAAGUGGGACUUUCAAACUUUCUCACAAAGGAGGUUUGUGGAGCAGUUGCUUUAGUUGUUUGGCAUGAGCAAAGCUAACCCUUGCUUGGCUCUUUCCUCUUGAUGCGACGGUAACUCGAGAUAGAAUAUCUUAAUAGAAUAAAGCUCUAUUCCUACUUUAGGAUCGUACGGUAGAAAGCACUACUUCCGAUUUGAAUCAUCUCGUGUAAUCAAAUGCAAUUCUUUAUCUUUGCAUCUAGGAGUGGUUGGGAUUAACAGCCUUCGUACAUCAAAUUGUGUAUAUAAAGAUCUUUCUUUCUUCAUUCAAGUAAGAUAGUGGAUCAAUAAAACUCCGUCCAAAGGUCCUCAUAGAGGCGGUCACCGGUAGGCUAAGAUCCCUCUCUGAUAGAAGAAGAAAGCGCAAGACGAGAAUCUUCCAACAGUAAGGGAAGAAUAGUUUUUUAUAAUCAGUUAUAAAUUUAGGGAAGUUUAAGAGCAUCAAAUCCUUCUUUUUGAGAAGGAAGUAAGGCAUUGGAAUUAGGAAAUAGCAUUUAUCCCAAGAUAGCGGUAGCAAGUGUUCUGUGGAGGUUAGGAGUAGCAAUAGGAGAAGGAUAAGGCACGCAAGUAACUUCUUCCACAUGGGAAAGGCGCUUUUAACAGCGUUUGCAUCUGAUCGUUCCUGGGAAGAGUCAUUCAUGCUCUCUAGCCAGGGUACGGAGCGUAGUAAUAGGAAGAAGUCAGUGCUGCUUUACUUUGGUGGUAUCAUAUUUAUAAAAGGAGUUGAUCCCGUCUCAAGGGCGUUAAGGCUUGUUGAUUGAACGAACCCGGCAAGGUCCUCCUUAUUAGCAUCCCAAGCUUAUGUUGAAUCGAGAUUUUCUUGGUCUUCUUUGACCCGAGGGGGGGAUAAGCUCUUCUCUUAUCUGCUCUUCCCGCAGUUCUCUUUCUGCUGUUGUAGGCAGGGCUACUUUUUUCUUUUUUUUUUUCGAGAACGGAAUCAUAGCAUAGUUUCGUAGCCAAGUUAAAGACGUGCCAACUUCUCCUACUCUUUCUUAAGCGCUGGUUCUGCUUUCACUAGAUUCUGUUCUUGUUCACGCAUCCCUUUCUAGUGGACGGAUUUCAAGGGCUAGAAAGGAAGAAGUCUUAGCCUUAGCGGAGUCACUUCCAGAUUCACUUCUUUUUUAGGGAAAGAAACCGGCGUUAAGCGCUUCUUGCUAACGUCCUUAAAAGGAGAGAAGGAACCUGAGGGUAUCAAUCAACAUAUAGAUAGAAAGGAUAGGGCAUAAGGAUGAGACUAGCUUGUAGUGUUCACGUGGUGAAGGUUGAACUUGGGCCUUGGCUUCGGUUCCAGAGAUGGGUUCUGUGGCGAACUCGAGUUGAAUAAGCUCUUCUUCCUCAAGUUUUUAGCUUGAAACAAGAAUGGAUAGAGUUGACUCAGCUGCGAUUGCUCUUGGUCAGUCUGAUUAGGAUUAAGAUUCUGCUUUCUGCUAUUUCAUGGAAUCUUAGAGAGACUGGAGUAGGUCAGAAGUGGUGGAGGAGUGAAAAGCCGAUUAAAUGGUUGAUGUUUUCGUGGUUAAAGAAUCUCUCUUAGCUAGGGCUAGGCCACCUGCCUGACUAUCUAUUGUCUCAGCAGGCCUUAACCCAGCAAAAGACGACAGAGGCAUAAAGGAAGAUUGAUGAAGAAUAAGCGAUGGUCUUGCUCUUCUUUCUCUUGGAAGAAGAAUGGCUGUUGUUUAAUCAGUUUCAAGUGGUGGGAUCAUAUAUUCAUAUAUAAUAGUGGAAUCCCGUCUCCUUAAAGAUCUCUCCCUCAAAGUAGAACGAGCAUAAUCGAAGACAGAUGGUAGCGUAUUCGAAGUAGUUGAUCUCACGUGCUAUCCGAAAGUCUUCUUAGUCUUCGUCUGCUCUCAAUGAGUCAAUGCCCGGACCAGGCUCUUAAUUAAAUAGAAAUCCCGUUAGUGAAGUCACCCUCGGAGUUGACAACGACUAAGCUUUUUUUCUUGACACUAGUCUUAGCCUUUCUAAGGACACCUUGCCUUCUUUCCUUGGCUUGGCGGGAAGGGCUACUCAGAGUGGUGCGUCUGGGGACUCCCCUUUCGAAAUGGGAAGAAUAGCGUAGUAAACAGUGACCCUCGGGGAUGAAAGCUGCUCUUGCUCUUUAGAAAAUGGUUUCUGUGAACAAGGAAGAAGGGCUACUUUACUCUAGAUCGAAUGCGACUGGAGAUUUUUCUUUCACAGCUCUAAAGGGAGGGAAGUCAACAGUCAAGAGAGGGUCUCAAUCAACAAGAAAGUCAUGAAAGAGAGAAGAUGGUGCUAUUCCCUUAGCUAGCUUUGACCAGGAAGAAUGAAUUUUCUCUAGAACCCUUGGUUGGGCUAGGAUCCCGAUAAAGGAGAAUGUUCAAAGCGAGACGUUUUUCGAUAAGAGAACAGGUUUUUUCGGAUAAGCUGUUGCCGCUCUUCUGUUAGAGCUCUUUAGUCCCAUCCCUACCAAAGAAAAGAAGAUCUCCCCGGAGCGAGUGACUCAAAGAAAGAAGGCCCAGGGCCCGCCCCCUUUGAGGUGGGUCUUCACUUAUCCGAUUUAGAGCGAAGAAAAGAACUUUAUAGGCGCUCGCUCGUUCCUUCGAUCGGUAAAAACCUACCCGUCGAAUCAAUAGAUCGCAUGAUCAAUGCCCAACUCUUGAUAGAAAAGAGAGUGGAAGCCGCUUUAGUUGAGGAUGGCGUCUCCCCCCUAAACAUAAUUUCCAAACGAAAUGAAAUCCGAGGGAUUAUCUUUUAUCCUCAAGGGGAGACCCUUUCUCUACACACGUACCAGUACUACGUGACUAGUCUGGAAGAAACUGGUACGCGCUCGACUAUUCCUUAUAAGAGGAUAAUACGGGAAGUUACAAGGGCUAACCUCUUCCUAUAGGAGCUUCUUUCUUUUUUUUUCCGGUAUGCCGCU